ACGUCUACCAGCCCGGUGUCGAGUAGUCUGUUGCUCCGAGUGUAACAUCACUAGCUAGCAGAUACACACAACAUGGAUUUCAAUGUAAAGAAAUUAGCCUCCGGGGCUGGGGUGUUCUUCACACGAGCUGUCCAGUUCACAGAGGAGAAGCUGGGUCAAGCUGAAAAGACUGAGUUGGAUGCUCACUUUGAAAACCUGAUGAGCCGUGCAGACUGCACCAAAAACUGGACUGAGAAAAUAUACAGACAGACUGAAGUCCUGCUGCAGCCCAACCCAAUUGAUCACACUGGUGCCAGGAUUGAGGAGUUUCUCUAUGAGAAGUUGGACAGGAAGGCACCGUCCAGAAUUACCAAUGCAGAGCUGCUGGGUCAGUAUAUGCAGGAUGCAGCGGUGGAGUUUGGGGCUGGGGGUCCUUAUGGGUGCACUUUGAUCAAGGUUGGGGAAUGUGAGAGAAGGUUAGGAGCAGCAGAGAGGGAGUUCCUCCAGACAUCAGCCAUCAGUUUUCUAACUCCACUCAGAAACUUUCUGGAAGGAGACUGGAGAACCAUUUCAAAAGAGCGCCGUCUUCUGGAAAAUCUUCGCUUGGAUCUGGACGCCUGUAAAACACGUCUGAAGAAGGCCAAAGUGGCCGAGGCCAAGGCUGCAUGCGAGGGGGAAAUGGCUCCAGACUUUCAGGAGACCAGACCUCGUAAUUAUGUACUUUCUGCCAGUGCUUCUGCGCUCUGGACUGAGGAAGUUGAAAAGGCUGAACAUGAACUCAGAGUUGCGCAAACUGAAUUUGAUCGCCAGGCUGAAGUUACACGGCUGCUUCUUGAAGGAAUCAGCAGUACCCAUGUAAAUCACUUGCGUUGUCUGAAUGAGUUCGUGGAGGCCCAGGCAGCUUACUAUAAGCAGUGUCAUCUCCACAUGCAGGAUUUACAGAAGGAGCUCGGAAGACUUCCAAAUGCUUUCACACUGAACUCUGCCCACUCCAUGGUAACCACCGCCUCUGCUCCAGAAGAAGCUACCAGUCCUGUGGAAACUGACACGCUGAAGAUUGAGGAAGUACAGGCACCAGCUACGGGAACCCGCAAGGCCAAAGUCCUGUACGACUACGAUGCUGCUGACUCCAGUGAGCUCUCCCUGCUCGCUGAUGAGCUCAUCACAGUUUACACGAUGCCAGGCAUGGACUCCGACUGGCUGAUCGGAGAGAGAGGAAACCAGAAAGGAAAAGUGCCUGUGACGUACCUGGAGCUCCUCAGCUAAAGGACAUGCAUGGACACGCAUAGAAACGUGCAUGUGUGUGAGUGGGCAAACUUAAAGCCAUGAGGAUACUUCCUUCACUUCAGCUGAUUUCACACUCCUUCACUAACCCUUAACUCUCAUUAGCCACCCCCCACAGUUAAGCUUUAGCACCAUACUCUGAAGUAUAUUCAUUAUGGCUUUGAACGCAGCGAUAAUGGAGACAUUAUUACAACCAGUUCAGGAAAAUUCACACUUAGGACAUUCCUUUUGGUUUGUUUGAUGAUUGUUAACAUGUUGCUUUUCCUAUUUAUUUUCUAUUUAUUGUUGUACAUGUCAAAGCUUCCUUCAUCCGAGGAUGACAAACUGUGACUUCCACUUUACUGACGUUUGUUUUUUUUAGUUUUGUCAAGCUUUCUUUUGUUCAUGAAUUGAGUGCUGAUGAGUGCAGACUCAUUUUCUUUUUGCGUCGCACAGACGUGCAUUUUAACAACACAAAUCUGACCAUACUCAAGUUUAACGUUUUGUUUUGACUGAUUACGCAAUAAUAAUACUAGUAAUGCUGAAGUGAUCAUGAUAAGUGUAAUGUUUAACUUGAAAGUAGGCUGACACAGCAAGUGUACACGCAAUCAUUUAUUCACAUCUGACGAAAACACGGCCUCUCAUAGAAGAAGUGAAAGCAAAUAUUGCCUAAAAGACAGCAAUUCACUGGUCACAACAUUAUCAGGUUAAAUUGAGUCACAUUAUCCAAACACGAAUGAGGACAAUUAAAUUUGUUGCAUCUUUGGUUAUCCAGAAGUAUAACUAGGAAAGACAUUAACUGCUUCUUAGUUUUACAGCAGGCUGUUUUGUACAUUUACACACUGCACACACACACACACACACACACACACACACACAGUAUCACCAUCCUGCUUUGCUUGUAUGUUGUAUCUGUUUUUUAAAAUUAACACAAGCAUUGAACAAGACAGUAAAGGAAUAGUAACUCUGAAAUCACAGUCAUUAUUGAUUUGUGGGAAGCAGAUUUGCCUUAACUCCUAAUUGAACUGAAUGUAAUUGUACAGUGUGAUAGAAUAUUCCACUGGUUUUAACUGAACAGAUGUUUUUGACAGCAGACAUGUUGACUGGUUAAAGAAAAAAUACACAUGUAAAUAUAUUAACCCUGAAAAACCUUUGGUGACUAAAUGCAUCUACUGAUCUAAAAAUCUAAUCCUAUCAAUACAUGCAAAUAAUUGGUGUGAAAUACAGUUUGUCAUCUUUCAUGGUCAUCAGGUAUGACCCAUUUU